UUUCGCGUGUCUCCCGUUUCCUUCGGUAAUGUCGCGAUAAAACCUCGAAAUUCUCGUAACGGGGCGAAUACGCGAUUCCCUUUUAACGUGUUCAGUGUAGAAUUGUGAGACAUCGAAAGCAGAGGAUACGAAAAUAGGUGUAGUGUUUCCUAUACAAUGCCUAACAUGUCCUGCCAGUGAGGUAGAACUUUUUUCCCGAUAAGAUUCGAGCGCCUGACAGCGCGGCGGGGCGGCCCCAAUGCCGGUCAGGAAGGGCCUCCUCGCCCCACAAAAUACUUUCUUAGAUACUAUCGCUACUCGUUUCGAUGGAACCCACAGCAAUUUUGUGCUGGGAAAUGCGCAGGUUCCGGCGCUCUACCCGAUCGUUUAUUGCUCUGACGGAUUCUGUGAGCUGACAGGAUUCGCGCGAGCGCAAAUCAUGCAAAAGGGUUGCGCUUGCAAGUUCCUCUAUGGCCCGGAAACGAAAGAAGAGGAAAGAGCAAUGAUCGACAAGAGCCUCGAGAGCAAAACAGAACUGAAGAUGGAAGUUGUAUUUUAUAAAAAGAACGGAAGUCCAUUCGACUGUUUGCUCGAUAUUGUUCCGAUCAAAAACGAAAAGGGCGACGUCGUUCUCUUUCUGGCUUCGCAUAAGGAUAUUACACAUACGAAGAACCUUCAGCUGUGUGAGUUGCACGAUAGUGAUGCAAAUGGCGGUCUCGAUCCGGAGGCACCGCCAGCUAAUUAUGGCAGAAGAAGAAGUCGCGCCGUCCUUUAUCAAUUAUCAGGCCAUUACAAACAGGACAAUAAGCAUAAAAUGAAAUUGAAUAAUAAUCUUCUGCAUUCCACUGCAGCGCCAUUGCCAGAGUAUAAAACAACGGGAAUCAAAAAGUCUCAGUUUAUUCUAAGCCAUUACAGUGGCUUCAAAUCUUGCUGGGACUGGUUAAUACUACUCGCAACCUUUUACGUGGCAAUCGUCGUCCCUUUUAAUGCGAGCUUCAUUAACAUCGAUAGGCCUACAAUGGUCAGUGACGUUGUUGUCGAAGCGCUCUUCAUAAUCGAUAUCGUACUGAACUUUAGAACGACGUAUGUAAGCAGGAAAGGUGAAGUCGUGAGCAACAGCAAAAGUAUUGCUGUGAACUACCUAAAGGGCUGGUUUAUGGUCGAUCUUGUCGCUGCCUUGCCAUUUGAUUUUCUUUAUGCAUCUGACGUUUACAGCGGCGAGGAAUCGGGACACAGUAACAUUCAUUUAUUAAAAUUAACAAGAUUGCUAAGACUCGCGCGAUUACUUCAAAAGAUGGAUAGAUAUUCGCAGUACAGCGCCGUAAUUUUGACCAUGUUAAUGCUGUUUUUCAUCCUGGUGGCACAUUGGUUGGCUUGUAUCUGGUUCGUUAUCGCAGAAAAAGAAAGAUUAGGAAACGAUAAUGACUGGGAUCUCGGCUGGAUUCACACAUUGGCGGAAAGAUUGAAAAUUUCCGUGCAAAAUGUAACUCACGCGGAAAGUUACAUCACGGCGUUGUAUUUUACUUGCAGUAGCUUAACAUCGGUAGGAUUUGGAAAUGUGUCAGCCAAUACGUUCUUCGAAAAGUUCUUCUCCAUUUGCACGAUGCUCAUUGGUGCUCUGAUGCAUGCCGUGGUGUUUGGUAACGUGACAGCGAUUAUUCAAAGAAUUUACUCUAGACGAUCGCUAUAUCAAACAAAAUUACGGGAUCUCAAGGAUUUUUUCGUAUUGCAUCAGAUCCCCAAAGAACUGAAACAGCGAAUGCAGGAUUAUUUCCAAACGAUGUGGUCUUUGAAUCACGGUAUCGAUAUACACGAGACCCUUAAACAGUUUCCGGAGGAACUCAGGGGAGACGUUUCGAUGCAUUUACAUCGCGAGAUAUUAAAUUUACCGAUAUUCGAAGCUGCUUCUCAGGGUUGUCUCAAACUACUUUCUCUUCGUAUUAAAAAUAAUUUUUGUGCCCCCGGUGAAUUCUUGGUUCACAAAGGAGACGCACUUUCGUAUAUAUAUUAUUUAUGCAACGGUUCCAUGGAAGUUGUGCAAAACAAUAUGGUCGUUGCGAUUUUAGGCAAAGGUGACCUAGUAGGCUGUGACAUAAACGUUCACCUGCAACACGGCAGCAACGGGGGUGGAACAGGUGGUGGAGGAGCUGCAGAUGUCGUUGUCAAAUCGAGCUGCGACGUUAAAGCGUUAACUUAUUGCGAUUUGAAGUGCAUACAUAUGCAUGGAUUAGUCGAAGUGCUUCGACUCUAUCCCGAGUAUCAACACGAAUUUGCGAAUGACAUACAGCACGAUCUCACUUACAAUUUACGAGAGGGAUACGAAGCCGAGCAAGAGUCGGACAUGAACGGACCAUCGCUAACGUUACCGUCGAUCAGCGAAGACGACGAAAAUGUGCCUGAGGAAGGGGAGACUUCGCCUUUAUCACCACCGAACAAAUCACCUUUACAUACGUCUUCGAGUCCAAGGCACGCUAAAUUCAGGGACGAAUACCGAGAAGCAAGGAGACCCGGAAGGGGAGUUUUAGUAAGAGGAAGAACGGCUCAAGUAAUCGCUCAAGAAUCAAUGGAGGAACAUAUUCGAGGAUCGGUAGAAAGACUCGACACGCAAUUUUCUACGUUACAUCAAGACGUCGCUACGCUGAGUUGCGAGGUCAGAAAUGCGAUUCAAGCUUUACAAAUAUUAGCAUGUUCGCCCCAAAGUAACCCGAAUUUACCGACCCCCGCGAGUCGCGGGAGCGGCGUUCUGGCGAGAAGUUCGUCUCAUCCACCGGAUGCUAUAUGUUGGGAUCCCCCUAGAAGAAUAUCAGAUGCCUCUACGCAAACCGACUGGCCUGUGGACUUGUUCGAAUCCUGGAUUCGUGCGAAUCCUCGAAGAGUUCUGCGAAUUCUCGAACUCGAUCCGGAUACUCUCUCGAGGCAACCACCCUCCCCGACACCGUCUCCAUCCUCCCCUCCGCCGCCGCCGUACGAACCCCUGUCACCUGUUGUUGGGACACCGCCGCAAUCACCGCCCCCUUCGCAAGGAAACGAUAAUUUCGUUUUCGGCAACAACCAUGGAGAACGACACAUUCCUCGUUUGUUUAAACCGACAAACUCCACGUGGGAUCCCGAGAAUAAAUUACCGCACCGAUUCAGUGCCGGUGAUGCUGAUAACGCGUCUUUGCAUCAAGCAUUUAGCACUUUGCGUCGACUUCCAGAAUCUCGGUCGCUGAAAUUCGAUCCCUUUGAUAGCUGAACGAUUCCAGAAACAUAUCAGGGUUACAAGCCUUAGAAAAGCAUAACUCGGAAGGUAAAAUGUUUGUUUACGAAACAAAAGGAAAAGACAAAUUUCACAAGCGAAAUAGAGCAACGAGAAGCAAAACCACUCCUUUUUAAGUGUUCAGAUUCGUUCGUGUUUUAUCA